AUGUUACGUCUUUUGUGUAUAAAUCUAACGUUUAUCUUCUUUAUUUCCUCGUUAAACGGUAGUUGUAUUCAAUUUCAAUGUACAUUGGGGGAAAUCGGUUCAACAUGUUGUUAUCAUCUCGGUUGUUGUCCAGCCAAAAGUAACGUAUGUUGUCCGAAUGAUCCAACAAAUUGUUGUACGCAGGAUUUUCCUGUUUGUUGUGCUGUUGGAAAAGGUUGUUGUCCAAAACGAUAUCCUGUCUGCUGUUCAACGCAAUGUUGUUCGUCAGGUUCUUACUGUUGUGGAGAAAAAUGUUGCCGGCUCGACACGAUAACAGGUCGUCUCUUUGAAAUACCUGAUGGAAUAACAAAAUUGAAUCGCUAUCAACAAAUGAUGUUGAAAACACAUGCAAAUCAAGUUAAAAACGGAAUGUGA